UUGUUUGAUUAUGAACACAAACGGCUUCUGCAUGCUGGUCCCCAAUUAUUAUUAUCGUCUAUAAGGGAGACUUAUUGGCCUAUUGGUGGUCGAAAUUUAGCAAAAGCUUGUUAUCAUAAAUGUGUUAUGUGUACGCGUAUGAAGGGUAAAAUUGUUACACCUUUGAUGGGAAAUUUACCACAGCAGCGCAUCGCUCCAGACGGUUAUCCUUUUCAAAGUGUUGGAGUAGACUAUGCCGGUCCACUCAUGUGUGCUAGUCGUCAAGGUCGUGGCUGUAGGUUAGUGAAAGUGUAUAUUGCACUAUUUGUUUGUUUUACCACCAAAGCUAUCCACUUGGAGCUAGUUGGUGACCUCACAAGUAACAAUUUUUUACUCGCAUUGCGCCGAUUUAUGUCUCGUAGAGGUAAACCUACUGAUCUUUAUUCAGAUAAUGGUACCUCGUUUACUGGAGCUUAUAAAGAAAUUUCUGAAUUUCUGAAAAAUAACUGUAAUUCUUUGAGUGAUAGUGCAGCUUCUGAAUCCAUUCACUUUCAUUUUAUACCCGCGCAUGCGCCUCAUUUUGGGGGUCUCUGGGAAGCGGGUGUAAAGUCGACUAAGUAUCAUUUGCAUAGAGUGUUGGGCAAUUGUAAUUUAACUUAUGAGGAAUUAUACACUACGCUCACACAAAUUGAAGCUGUAUUAAACUCCCGGCCGAUUACACCGCUCUCAUCGGAUCCUACUGAUCUGUCUCCGUUGACUCCAGGCCAUUUUCUUAUUGGACGUCCUCUUACAUCCUUACCACAAGAUGAUUACCGAACUAAGUCCUUUGAUCACUUGACUAGAUUUCAACGAAUUGAGCAAUUACGCCAGCAUUUUUGGGCUCGUUGGAGCAAAGAAUAUAUAGCUGAACUUCAGCAAAGGACAAAGUGGCGUACUAGUCAGGAUAAUCUGAAGCUGGACACUUUAGUAGUGGUGAAGGAUGAUAACCUCCCGCCGCUAAAAUGGAGAUUAGGACGAGUCGUGGCAAUUCACCCUGGACUUGAUGGCAUCGCGCGCGUCGCCGAUAUAAGAACAGCAGCUGGUGUGAUCCGCAGGGCAUUUAGCAAAAUAUGCCCAUUACCAGUAUUUUCUACGACGGGUUGAAAGCUCGAACCUAUAGCUUUCAACGCCCGGGGGCAUGUUGAAGCUCCUAUUCAUCCUCUUUUG